AAGGACUUGUCUUUUUUGUUUUGAAGAGAUGGAGGAGAAGAAGGGAUUUGCAUUUCCUGUCGUGUUGAUGAUGUUACUCAUGUUUUCUUUUAUGAUUUCACCAGCACUGGCCAGCUGCUCUUCGGGUGGGAAUGGAACAAAGGGAUCAGGAGGAACCAAGCCAUCGGAUGGCAGUGGAUGCAAAGACUGUGUUCUUGAUCAGAUGAAGUAUGGUUGUCCAACUUGCGUGCCAAUUCUGCACUGCAUGGCACGGUGCUUGUGGGGUGGUAGCUCAAGAUCCAAGUGUAUCACUAGGUGUGAUUGCGAUGGCGGGAAGCCAACUCUUUCAGAUUGCAAGAAAUGCAUGUCUCGAUGCAAAUGCAGCUGCGUGGCAAUGGCAUAGAUAGGCAUCUAUUCAAGGAUGCUGCUAACAUUUUGCUACUAUGAAAGCAGAUUUUGAAAGUAAAAACAAAUAUAUUUGCUGAGAAGUGUUUUGGUGUGACCUGAUCUGUAUUUCUAUUAGCUGAUGGUUGUAAUAUUAGAGUUCAGUAUUGCUCAUGAAAGAAGAAAAACUAAUAACUUGUAGAGUUGAAUUCUGCA